GGCGGAAAUCAACUUCCGGGGCAGAGGUGUUGGAAGCCGGGUGGUGCGUGGGCUACAGCAAGUUGUGGGCCUGGGGCCGUGGUCUCCCCCAACGGUCUGGGGGCGUGCCCUAGGGUUCGCGUGCGAGUCUGUGUUCUGGGGGUGUCUCACCUGGCAGCAUAGGUGAGCUGUGCGGUGCAGCACAGCGUGGCAGCGGCGAGCGAGUGCGGGGAGCAGGUUAAGAAAGAAAGAAAAUCAACGAGGAAAUAGAAGAUUUAAAUGAUACAAUUCAUGGACAUCAUGGAAUGCAAUAUACGUAGAAUGAAAAAGAGACAAUCGAAUAUAAACCAGAGAUUAAAAGGUUCCACUUGAAAAAUGGAUGAUGAUGAUUUUGGUGGUUUUGAGGCUGCAGAGACUUUUGAUAGUGGAAAUGGAGAAACCCAAACCAUGUCUCCUGCUAUUCCUUGGGCUGCCUUUCCUACAGUAUCUGGAGUCCAUCUUUCCCCAGCUUCUCCUGAGAUUAUACUGGACAACGACCAUUCUUUGCCUUCUGUUGGCUGCCUCUCUUCUGAUCCCAUAGUUUCAUCACCAGAGAAUACACAUGCAGACAACAGCAUUGUCAGUCAAACUGUCCCAAAAGCACAGAUUCAACAAUCAACACACACUCAUUUGGAUAUCUCACUUUUUCCAUUGGGUUUAACUGAUGAGAAAAGCAAUGGAACAAUUGCGCUUGUGGAUGAUUCUGAGAACCCUGGAGCCAAUGUGUCAAACAUACAGCUUCAGCAAAAAAUUACAACUCUGGAGAUGAAACUCAAAGUUUCUGAAGAAGAAAAGCAGAGAAUUAAAAAGGAUGUAGAAGCAUUAAUGGACAAGCAUAGUAUCUUAGAAAAAGGCUUCCUAAAAGAAAAAGAGCAAGAAGCUGUUUCUUUUCAAGAUAGAUACAGGGAACUUCAGGAAAAACAUAAACAAGAAUUGGAAGAUAUGAGGAAGGCUGGUCAUGAAGCCCUCAGCAUUAUUGUGGAUGAAUAUAAGGCACUACUACAGUCUUCAGUUAAGCAACAAGUAGAAGCCAUUGAAAAACAGUACAUUGCUGCAAUUGAGAAACAAGCACACAAGUGUGAGGAGCUGCUAAAUGCUCAGCAUCAGAGACUCCUUGAAAUACUAGAUACAGAGAAGGAACUGUUAAAAGAAAAAAUAAAGGAAGCUUUGAUUGAGCAGUCUCAAGAACAGAAGGAAAUAUUAGAAAAAUGUUUGGAGGAAGAAAGGCAACGAAAUAAAGAGGCAUUAGUAUCUGCUGCAAAGCUUGAGAAAGAAGCAAUGCAGGAUGCAGUUUUAAAAGCUAUAGAAGAAGAAAGAAAACAUCUGGAAAAAGCCCAUGCCGAAGAAAGGAAAUUAUGGAAGACUGAACAUGCAAAAGACCAAGAGAAAGUAUCUCAGGAAAUUCAAAAGGCUAUACAAGAACAAAGAAAGAUAAGUCAGGAAACUGUUAAGGCAGCAAUAAUAGAAGAGCAGAAGCGAAGUGAAAAGGCUGUGGAAGAGGCAGUGAAAAGAACAAGAGAUGAAUUGAUAGAGUAUGUAAAAGAACAGAAGAGGCUUGAUCAAGUUAUUCGCCAACGAAGCCUGUCCAGUUUGGAACUGUUCCUCUCCUGUGCCCAGAAACAGUUAAGUGCUUUAAUAGCUACAGAACCAGUUGAUACUGAGUAAAGAGAACCUGACAAGCUGACCCACACUGGUAAUGGAUAAAAUCAUUACACCUCUUAAUAUACAUGUUGUGAACUAUAAAAAUGCUUUUGUUUUCUUUCCAAAUCUUGGAGAAGUGAUUCCAGUUCAAGGAUAAACCAAAACAAUAAUUGGAAGAACUAUCAAGUGAUGUAAUUUAUUUUGUUUUCUCAUUCACUUUUACUAUUAUUUUAGUAGUAGUAGUAGUGGUGGUGGUAGUAGUAGCAGAAAGUAUAAGACCCAAAACCACUGAAAAGUGCCACAUAAUUAAAAGUUAAUUAAGUGAAUUUUAUUGCCACCGGUGACCCAUUAUAUUGAAUUUGGCAAAAGUAGCAAAUAUUGUUUCAUAAUGACUCUUGAUAAGACACUAGAAUGUAAUCAUACAUUUUUUUGAUUUUUAGGAUAGAAAUAGCAUGAAUUUCAACAUCACCUAUUUAUCUAUAUAUAACUUGGAUAUAAAACACUGAUAUGAUAGAGAAUCAUUCUGGUAUUAUCAAACCUCUUCUCUGCAUCCAAAUCAAUGUAUUUUUAUUGGUCUCCUGUAAACAGAUAAUACAUUAAAUUAAAAAAAAAAACACUAAA